AUGGCCGGUGGUUAUGACUAUCACAAGCACCUGAAUGAUGUUUGGUCAUCAGAGGAUGGAAUCACUUGGCAGCAAGUUUCUGACCACGCCAGCUGGACAGCGAGAUCGGGCCAUGCCGUGGUCGCCUUCAAUGAACAGAUCUGGGUUUUGGCGGGUGAGAAUAGUCCCAUUGGUCAAAGCAUUUAUUUCAACGACGUUUGGGCCUCACGAGAUGGCCGGCAAUGGGAGCAGCUCAGCGGAAGCGCUCCGUGGUGCAAGCGGACCAGCGCAGCAGCUGCCGCGUUCAACUCACAGGUCUUUGUGCUGGGUGGAGUCUCUGAGUCAAACACCUACUUGAACGAUGUUUGGUCAACGGCCGAUGGCCGUCAGUGGAGUGAGUUGGUUUCAGCCGCACCCUGGUCAGCACGUUGGGGCUUUGGAGCUGCUGCUCUGAAGGAUCGCUUAGUGAUCAUGGGUGGCUCGGCCCUAUGGACCAUUUGUGAUGCCGCUGUGGUAUGUGUGAUGCCUUUAAAAUCCAGGCUGCGGCAUUUGCAGAGCAAUCCUUUGAUGAAUGUGAUGGUGAUGGGGGAACCUGUUUUCAAGAGCCGAGAAAUAGCCCGGUGCCCCACGCAGAUUGAAGGAUAA